AUGAAUGUAAUAGAUCAUGUUCGGGAUAUGGCGGCCGCUGGUCUUCACUCCAAUGUCCGGAUACUGAGCAGUUUGUUGUUGACGAUGAGUAAUAACAAUCCAGAGCUGUUCUCACCGGCCCAGAAGUACCAGAUGUUGGUUUACCACGCCGAUGCCAUCUUCCACGAUAAGGAAUAUCGUAAUGCCGCCUGCAAAUACAGUAUGGCUCUGCAACAGAAGAAGGUGCUCAGCAAAACAUCUAAAGUUCGUACCUCUACUGGUGGAGCUGCAUCUAACAUACAGGCACAGAGUUUGCCGUCAGAAAUUGAGGUCAAGUAUAAGAUCGCUGAAUGCUACACCAUUCUGAAACUGGAUAAAGACGCCAUCGCAGUGCUCGACGGGAUUCCAUCCAGACAGAGGACUCCAAAGAUCAACAUGAUGCUAGCUAACCUGUACAGGAAAGCUGGUCAGGAGCGGUCCGCAGUGACAAGCUACAAAGAAGUCCUCAGACAGUGUCCCCUCGCUCUGGAUGCAAUCAUUGGCCUUCUUUCUUUAUCAGUCAAAGGAGCUGAAGUGGCUUCAAUGACGAUGGAUGUGAUUCAGAGUAUCCCCAACCUGGACUGGCUCUCUGUUUGGGUCAAAGCGUAUGCCUUCAUACAUGCAGGAGACAAUCAAAGAGCCAUCAACACUAUCUGCUCUCUUGAGAAGAAGUCUCUGUUGCGGGACAACGUGGACCUCCUGGUGAGCCUUGCAGAUGUCUAUUUCAGGGCAGGUGACACCAAGAAUGCCAUUCUCAAAUUUGAACAAGCCCAAAUGCUGGAUCCAUACCUCAUCAAAGGAAUGGAUGUUUAUGGAUACCUGAUGGCCCGUGAAGGACACUUGGAGGAUGUUGAAGUCCUGGGAGGACGAUUAUUUAAUAUCUCAGACCAGCAUGCAGAGCCCUGGGUGAUCUCUGGUUGUCACAGCUUUUACAGCAAGCGUUACUCCAGAGCUCUGUACCUGGGAGCCAAGGCCAUCCAGCUGAACAGCAACAGUGUGCAGGCUCUCCUCCUGAAGGGGGCAGCACUGAGAAACAUGGGUCGUGUUCAAGAAGCCAUCAUCCACUUCAGAGAGGCCAUGCGCCUGGCACCCUGCCGACUCGACUGUUAUGAAGGUCUGAUCGACUGUUACCUUGCCUCUAAUGGGAUUCGAGAGGCUAUGGGAAUGGCCAAUAACAUCUAUAAGACUCUGGGGGCCAAUGCACAGACUCUGACCAUCCUCGCCACCGUGUGCCUGGAAGACCCUGUGACUCAGGAGAAAGCCAAAACCCUGCUGGACAAAGCUCUGGCCCAGAGACCCGACUACACCAAGGCAGUGGUCAAAAAGGCUGAACUGCUGAGCCGAGAACAGAAAUAUGAAGAAGGGAUCGCUCUCCUCCGUAACGCCCUGGCCAAUCAGAGUGAUUGUGUCCUGCAUAGGAUGCUGGGAGAUUUCCUGGUGGCUGUGAAUGAUUACCAAGAAGCCAUGGAUCAGUACAGCAUAGCACUAAGCCUGGAUCCAAAUGACCAGAAGUCUCUAGAAGGCAUGCAGAAAAUGGAGAAGGAGGAGAGUCCCACGGACGCCACAGUGGAGCUGGACGGCGACGACAUGGAGGGCAGUGGGGAGGAUGGAGAUCUGGAGGGCAGUGACAGUGAAGCAGCACAGUGGGCCGAUCAGGAACAGUGGUUUGGUAUGCAGUGACCCCGGCCUGCUGAAGGAUACACAGUCAGUUCCUCCGUCUGACACGCUGCAGCCUGUCGGAAGCUUUUCGCUGUCAAACAGGACAAGGUGAUGCUUUUCCCCCUGACAUUCAGACAAACUUCAGCCUCUUCACUGUGGAGAUACUUUAGGUUUGUUUGUACAGCUGUCCAAUACAGUCUUACCAGUAAACACUCAACCUUAGAGAAGAUCAAGAUGUGUUUUCAACACCUUGAUUUCAAAAAGUUAAAUUGUAUCUUUGAUGCCAAUUUGGACAUUUCAUCAGCACUCCUUUGUUACAUCUUUGCUGGCAGUCUGUGGUUACCUGCUCACAUAAAAGGUAAUUAUAUUCAUUAAAAAGUGUAAGAAAAUAAAAGACCUGCUUUGGAUCUGGAGGUUGAGCUGUUACUGAGCGAGAUGUAUAAAGGGAAAUGUAGACAGAAGCAGCUGAUGUAAAGGGAAAUUUUGUUUAGGCCGUUAAAAAAAGUGGCUGGAGUUAUCCUUCACAUGUGUUACAGGGGACUGACAAUGAUUUUUAGAUUUGUGUUUUGUUUGAGCCGUACUGACUCGCCUGUUUUCUGCAGAAGAGACAAAGUGCAGACGUCAUAAUUUCACAAUAAAGGUUGUGAAUUUGCCACGAUGUCGCGUCUCAGACAGGCAAACCCCCCCGUCUGUCUGUAAAAAGUGACUAUAUUUCUGCUGCUCUUGAAAAUGUACCUUAUUAAUUUUAACAUGAGAAUGUGUCAUGUAAUGUACAUGCUUAUUAUUUGUGUGUGUCAUCUGCCUUUCUGUAUUUAAAAAAAAAAGAAAAAAAACAGCCCUCUGAUCAACUCAUUCUGAAGUUGGGAAGUGUUACUUAACCAUUUCAAGACAAAUGUUUAUAGUGUUUUGUACAUAUUUUUAAAGUGUAUAAUAAAAUAAUUCAACACUCACUUGA